AUGAUUUGGCGGGACUUAGCAGUUUUGACUGUCUCCAGCAUACUAUUGGGAGUUGCAAGCAUGGAACAUACAGAAGAUAAUGAUCUUUUGCAAAACGAUAACUGUGGACGGCGCCAUCUAAAAAAUACUGUUUCCGAACGCAUCGUAAACGGUACCAUGGCAGAUCCAGCCAGCUGGCCGUGGAUGGUGGGGCUGUACAAUGGAAACGAUACCUUCUAUUGCGGCGGCGUAUUAAUAAGCAACCAAUUUGUGCUAACCGCUGCGCAUUGUUUUCGGAAUGAGAACGCCAGCUUUAUUUCGGUGCGUAUGGGAAGCGUAAAUAGAAUCAAUUAUGCAGAUUGUUCCGGCGAAACAACUGGACCCCUCACCGCCGAAGGAAGCGACGAACUAGAUGGCAACACGGCGCCGAAUAGUCACGUCGUUUGCGUUGGGGUCGAGCAGGUCUGCGUCCCUAUUCAGAACUGUUCCUUCUUUAUGGGAGAUAUUGCCCUAUUGAAAUUGAAAAGACCGGUAAACUUUACCAAUUACAUUCAGCCAAUCUGCCUUCCAGAAAACUUGGACAUGCCGUCUUCAAUUGUACCCAUAUUCAUUUUAGGCUGGGGCUUUUACUAUGAUACUGUGGUAAUCGACUACUCCGGAUACGAAGAUAUGGAAGAAACAGGGAGCUCAAGUUCCGAAUUAGUCAUAUCUGUGACAUCCGGCAUACCUUUGACACUGAGACAAAGAAAUAUUACAUUGAUUAACAAGACUGCUUGCGAAAAACAACUUAAGAAAAUGGUUCCAGGCUAUAUUUUAUGCUCCACUGGAGGAGGAUGUCAUGGAGACAGCGGAGGACCAUUAGUGUACGAAAAUAAUGGAACGUGGUUCCUUUUUGGUAUUCACUCAGGAGGAGAUCAGGAUUGCUAUAAUCCCAAGGGGCCAGGAAUGCAUAUCGAUGUGUCAUACUACGUUUCAUCGUUUAUUAAGCCCUUCAUGAAGCUUGGCAACAACACCGAAGGGGGAAAACAUAUAUGCGCCACAUACGAGGAUCAUAUACAAUGUGUAGCACAAUUGUAUGCGUCUUAA